CUCGAUCAUUUCCACAUGACGCACACACAUGUAUAUAGUACAGACUACAGAUAGAUAUUCCCAUUCCCAUUCCCAUUCAUCAUCUGAUCUAUCGAUCUCAUCAAUUAAAUAGUUUCCGCGCGUCCCCAUUCAACAAACUCGCGCGUUCCGAAAGAAUUGAUCGAAUAAUAUAUAUAUACUACGAUUAUUAUGGCGCUAAAGAAAGGUGGCGGAGGAUGCAUAAGCAGCGGCGGCGUCAUGACCCAACCCGCGGCGAUAAAGCAGAUACUGAAGAAGUGUUCGAGCUUCGGGAAAAAACAGCAGCAGCAGCAGCAUCAUGACGGCGGGUACGAGGAAGAAGAGGAGGAGAUCAGCGGCGCACUGCCCCCGAACGAUGUCCCAGAAGGGCACUUCGUGGUUUACGUGGGGGAGACGCGGCGGCGAUACAUCGUGCCCAUAUCGUGGCUGAGCCACCCGGAGUUUCAAAGGCUGCUGCGGCGAGCGGAGGAAGAGUUUGGGUUUAGCCACGACAUGGGGCUCACUAUUCCUUGUCAUGAGCAAUAUUUCUGCUCUCUCAUCUCCAUGCUCGAUCACAUAUAGCAGCUAGCUGCGCUGGAUCAUUCACCAAUUCAGAUUUCUUCUUUCUUUUUCUCUUCUAGCUCAUCCAUAUAUAUAUAUAUAUUCGUUCGACCGAUUAAAUACCCACUUUGCCCCAGUGCUGAUCCUACCUAAACUCGGGCCUGAGUCGAGUUUCAU